AUGCCACUAUAUAAGCCCUUUUUCGUUCUCCUAGCCAGCUCCUCUCCUCACACUCCUUUUCUCAUUUCCUUGGCGACUGAAGAUGAUCCUCCACAUCUCUCCAAGAUCAACCGAUCGAAGUCGAAGAUUUCUCCAAGAUUUCUCCAAGAUCUGCACCAAAAAGAUGCUUAUGUCCUUGAUGAUGGAACUGGUGGUUCAUCAAGUGAGAAGGCCGUUGUUCCAUCUUCUGAUGUUACCUCUGAAAACCCGAAUCUUGAUACCAUUACAUUGGAGGAUGCUGGGGAUGCUGAUAUUGGAAAGAUCCCUGGGGAAACUCAUGAAUUGAGACCACUUCUGCAGAUGCUUGCAGGAUCACCUGCUUCCGAGUUUGACUUAAGUGGCAACAUUUCUAAAAUUCAUGAUGAGCAAAGGGAAAACAGAGAACUUCUCAAGGAUCUUGAUUCUCCAAUGUUAGCAUUGACGAUGUGCCAAGCGUUUAAAGAUGGGUUACAAGAAGGAAUUUUCAGUGCCAACAACAUUGAAGUUUCAUUUGAAAACUUCCCAUAUUAUUUAAGGUGCAAACCUUUGACCUCAAAGAUAGGCUAUUGA